AUGCGCUUCCUUGCCACUCUUUUGGCCGUUGCUGGCCUGGCAAUCGGGACUCCUGCCAACCUCGUCGAGAGAUCCGCGCCACCUCGGGUCAAGAAUAUCGACUUCAAAGAAAUGAGAUUGCGAAUGCACCUGAAGCAUCCGACUCACCUAAUCUCUCAGUCUUUCGACUUGAACGAUGUAAAGGGGAUGUUGGUGUCUCGCGCUGGCACAGCAGAUACAAUCUACAUUCGUAACUUCAACACCUUCAUCCCAAUGACCAGCUUCCGAAACGGACCGACUUCGGAUGGAGAGACCACCGCAGAGAACCACUGCUUCAUGUGGGACGAAUGGGAGCUUCGCGAUGUCAAGUCAUACUGGAGUUCGUAUACGGCAGCUUCCAAGAUGCAGCAUGUUGGGCUCGUCGGCGACCCCGAGACUGUGGCGAUCCCCUGGGAGGAGAAAGUUUCCGUCAAGAGGAGGAUCAGUCUUACUCCUGACUGGAGGCCCAUUAAAUCUGUGCUGAGCAUUGCACUGGGCAUGAAUACAACGGACGAAUGGACCCAUGGGGGAACCUUCCAAUGCACGACUGCUCCCAAUAAGAGAAUCCGUCUUUGGUUCCAGAAGUAUGUCGGAUCAGCAUAUGCAUUCAAGAAGAUAUGUAGAAGUUGCGGCGGUGAAAGACCGGUGUGUGAGCAAACGUGGACGCCACAGGGCCAGAUCAUCAUUCCCUCUGAUGGCUCCGAUCCAGACCUCAACUACAACAUGCAUUGUAGCUCUGAUUAG